AUGUCCCUCCCACGCCUCCUCACCGCCAUCAGGGCCCUCCCACCCACACCCUUCCGGACGACGGGACAGCCGCAACUCUUCGACGCGCUCGAGGGUAUCGUUGCGCGUACGCUCUCACUUCCCGCCGACGCGGGGGAUGCCGCGAUCGAGGCCAAGCAGGCGGGGAUGAGCGACAGCAUGCGCCGGCGAGUUAAGGCGGCUGAGGAUGCUUUGGGUGCCAUUGAGGCCAAUAAGGCUUUGGACAAGUACCCCACCUCGUACAACCUCCUCCACCCCGCCCACGACCCAGAGUACUACGAGCGUAUGCUCACAGGUGUGCGCCGCUCUCAGCAGGGAAUCGGGCGCAGCUGGUGGAAGCGCUUCUUCCAGGUGCGCGGGUCGGCGUAG